UAAAAAAAAAGGGAUGUGUGGUAGUUUGCACACGGCGCAGUCUAGCAUUGGAGGUGUGUUACACACUAAAAUAAUAACGUAAUCUGCUAUCGUUAUUGUUCCUCCCUCUUGCAGAACUAAAGGAAAAGAACGCGUUCCUUUUCCCAGGCGAGUUCAGCAACAUGCUCUUCAAUUAGGGAUUGGGAAAUAACUCUUGUGCAAUUCACUCUCUCAAUUACAACUACUCAACAUGGCUUCUCUUUCACUUUCAUCUCCCAAUUUCCCCACCGCUUUCCUCUCCAAAAAACUUCCCCUCCGGGAAAAUACAAGGAAUUUUACAACCUUUCGCCAUGUUUCGUUUCGUACUAAGUGCGCUGUAGACACGCCAUAUGGAGGUAAUGUCCCAAAAUUCCCCAGAGUUAGUGUUUGGGAUCCUUACCGACGCCUUGGUGUUAGCCGUGAUGCUUCUGAAGAAGAAAUUUGGGGGUCAAGAAAUUUUCUGUUGCAACAGUAUGCUGGACAUGAGAGGAGCGUAGAAUCGAUAGAGGCUGCUUUUGAAAAUAUAUUGAUGGCUAGUUUCGUACAAAGGAGGAAAACAAAAAUUAAUUUGAAAAGCAAGUUGAAGAAGAAAGUCGAGGAGUCCCCACCAUGGGUCAAGAAUGUGCUAAACAUUGUUGAAUUUCCACCAACUGAAAUUAUCCUGAGAAGAUUGUUUCUCUUUGCCUUCAUGGGUGGCUGGAGCAUAAUGAAUUCUGCUGAAACUGGACCUGCUUUUCAGGUGGCAAUCUCUUUGGCUGCUUGCAUAUACUUCCUAAAUGAAAAGACAAAGAGUUUGGCUAGAGCAUUCGUUAUCGGGUUUGGAGCUCUUGUGGCUGGAUGGGUCUCUGGUUCAUUGCUGGUACCCAAUAUUCCAACAAUGUUGCUGCGCCCAACUUGGAGCCUCGAACUCUUAACAUCGUUAGUAGUUUACUUUUUCUUGUUCAUUGGUUGUACCUUUUUCAAGUGAAGUGGCAACUAUUCGGCCAUAGUUUCAUUCAAUGUACUGUACUCUUUAUGAGUUUAUUGGUGACAAACUCAAUUUUUUUUUUGAGUUAGCUAAGUUGCUUACUAUUGUUGGCAUAGUGGUUCUUUGCUUAAAUUUCGGUCGUCUGCGAAGCAAUUUCCUCCUUGAUAUGUAUCUUUGCAUCGGUUAUCAAACUCAUCCUUGCAACUGACUUGUUCUAAUUUUGGUUCAUGGUGUGUUAUGGUAAUGAGCAUGAGUUGAUCAUGGUAGAAAA